AUGGAUCUUUUCAAGCACAGAAAUAAGCAGAAGCCAGCAGCUGCUGUUAGCGCUGGCUCUUCAACGCCGGAGAUUGCAGAAAGGAUCAGAGACAAGUUCCGUCGCAAGAGACAAGGAACCCAGCCUGAUACUGCAUUGACAGCAUCCUCGACUGCUGGAUUUGCUGUGUCAACUGCGUCGCAUGACACUGGAGGCCCUUUGCAAGUACCUGUUGGCAACUGUAAUCCGCAGAAGGACAACGGAGAAUCAAGCGCACUGCCGUCUCUGUGGGACCGCGCGUAUGAAGCCCUGAGGAUCAAGGAUUUCGAACUGGUGGAGAAGUACGAGAAGCUGCUAUCAAGAGAGCUCCAAGAUACAGGUGCGACCUCGAAAAAUUUGGAUGAGACUGAGAAUCAGAUUGAUCAAGAUCUUCAAGCACGUCGCGUGCAACUAGACAAGAUUGCCAAAGAUGGCUUACAACGGAUGGACGAAGGGAAGACCAAAUACCAUAUUGCUGGUCAGGAAUAUGUUGUACAAGAUCAGAUUGCACAGACUGCCGCAUUGGUUCUAUGGGCAAAAGAAUGGAUUGGUAAGGCUAUCAAAGUCUCUCCGGAAGCAUCAAUGGCCUUCGCAGGUGUGUGUAUGAUUCUGCCGGUCCUCACGAGGCCCAUUGCCGCAGACGAGGCCAAUCUUGAUGGGUUUACCUAUGUCACAACGCGGAUGCGAUAUUAUAUCGCACUCGAACCCCUCCUACAACCUCGUGAUCGUGAUCACUCCAGUGCCACUAUCACCCCAGAUUUGAUCUUGGGGUUUGAGUGCCAUAUCGUGGAUCUGUAUCAACAUAUUCUUGAAUUUCAAUUCCGAAGUGUCUUGCGAUUCUACCGGAGACGUUUCGGGAACUUUGGGCGAGAUUUGAUCCAACAUGAGGACUGGGUUAAGUUGCGGACCAAGAUCGAAACACUUGAAAUCGUCGUGCGGAACGAUUCCCAGCAAAUAAAUACUUCGUCUUCAAGGCAAGAACUCGAGAAUCUCAACCAGAAGGCGGGCAAGUCUCUUGAAACCAUGCACGACAUCCUGUCA